CUGUCUCAAAAAAUAAAAAAGGCUACACCUGCCUCCAGGGCUCUUUCCAGAGCAGCCAGAGGGUCCUGCCCUGGAACUGUCACCCUCUGCAUGGCCACAGCAACUGCUUCCCACACGGCUGGUCACUGGAACAGCCUGUUGGACAGAUACGGUGGCUUCCUUCUACACAUACUUGCACUGACCACUAGACUGGCCUUUGGGUGGAGCUGGACUAUGGCCAGUGCCAGGGUGACUUUAACCACAGUAGAACAAUCAAAUCAGUUUGUUGCUCCUCAAAAUAAGUGUCUCUCACUAUCCUGUCCCAUACAUUGAGGAGGGCGACACUAAUCAGAGUUCACAUUUUACUGUGGCCUUAGGCCUUAGCACAUCACAUAAAUUAACUCCGUUCUUCCUCAUGAUGACUCUGAAAUGAGUACUCUUUUCACACCCAUUUUACAAAAAAGAAAAUCGAGAAAAUGUGAAUUAAGGUCACACAGUCAAAAGUGUCAGACAAACCCACAUUGGGAGAUAUUCCAUGAAAUGACUGGCCUGUACUCUUCAAAAACGCCAUUGUCUUGAAACACAAAAGAAAGGUUUAGGAAUUCUUCGAUGUAAGUAGACUAAACUUGACAACUGAAUGCGAUGCAGGGCCCAGGAUUUUUCCAUAAAAGAUAUUUUUGAAGAAAUUGGUAAAACCUGAAUGAGGUCUAUAGAUUAGAUAAUAAUAUUAUGCCAAUGAUAAUUUUCUGGUUUCAGUUAUUGCACUGUGGUUAUAUAAGAGAAUGUCCUUGUUUUCAGUAAAGCAUUUGCAAACCAGAAGUAUUAGGGGAUAUAGAGGCUUCCUGUUUGAAACCAACUCUCAAAUGAUUUAGGGAAAAAUUAUAGGUAAGUUGGUAGGAGUAGGUAGAAAGAUGGUGGAUAAAUCAAAUGUGGUAAAAUGUUAUAUGCAGGGAAUCUGGGUGAAGGGUUUACAGGUUAUUUUUUCUACUAUUUUCUAAUAUUUCUAAUAUUUUCUAAUAUUUUUCUACUAUUCUUGCGAGUGUCAAAAUUAUGUCAAGAGAGAAAAUGUUAAAAGAAAAAGAAAGCAAGUGCUGAGCAGGGAUGGUAUCCUGGGGCGUGCCGAUGCUCUCCGUUCAGCCCAAAGGGAAGCAGAAGGGUUGCGCGGGCUGUAACCGCAAGAUCAAGGACCGCUAUCUGCUGAAGGCAUUGGACAAGUACUGGCACGAAGACUGCCUCAAGUGUGCCUGCUGUGACUGUCGCCUGGGCGAGGUGGGCUCCACCCUCUACACCAAGGCCAACCUCAUCCUGUGCCGACGCGACUACCUGAGGCUCUUUGGUACUACAGGGAACUGUGCUGCUUGCAGCAAGCUGAUCCCAGCCUUCGAGAUGGUGAUGCGGGCCCGGGAUAACGUGUAUCACCUCGACUGCUUCGCCUGCCAGCUCUGCAACCAGAGAUUUUGUGUGGGAGACAAAUUCUUCCUGAAGAACAACAUGAUCUUGUGUCAGAUGGACUAUGAGGAGGGGCAGCUCAAUGGCACCUUUGAAUCCCAAGUUCAGUAACACCCGGCGCCUGGCCUCCAGGCCCGUCUGUCCAUCUGCCCGCCUGCCCACCCGCCUGGCCGGCCAGCCAGCCACUCUGCCAGUGCAGGCUGGCCAGCCACUCUCCUGCCACAUUAGAACUUCUCCAUCCUCGAUGGGAGGGACGGCCCUUCCUCCUCCACCACCGCCCGUCUGUGUAUGACCCCUCCUGGGGCCAGGCCGGGCCUGUACAGUCUGUCUUCUGUAUAUAAAUGGGAACAUUUAUUUUAUGAGAAAUGUAAUGCGAUUUUAUUACUGGCGUGGAUUAAACUUAUGAAUGUUUCCGGGAGGUUA